AAAGACCUGUCUUUGAAUCCAAGUCUCUCUCUCUCUCUCUUCCUCACACUUCGCCAUCUCUGCUAAUUCUCCUACUUUCUUUUUUUUAGUUUCCUUUGAUAGGCUGCUAGUAGCUAAAUCGUGUAUAAUCUUUAGCAUUUCAUUCUCUCUCUCUCGUUGCUAAUCUUGGUCUCUUCCUGAGCUUAAACAUCUCGUUUCUUCAGAGUACUUACUUGUUGAGGAAAAGUUGUCGUCUUUCAAUCUGAAUAUCAGUUGGUUCUCCCUGGGUUUAAUGAGUCGAACUUGAGUGAAUCUUCAGAAAGAAAAUGAGAUCGAACUGUUGUUCUUUAGCUCUACGGCUGUCUCUUGUUCUUGGGCUCUUCUUCGUCUCUUGCGAUGGGUUCGCCUCUAACGAAGUUGGAGCUCUUAGAAGAUUCAAGGAAGCUAUCUAUGAAGACCCUUUGCUUGUUAUGUCUAACUGGAAUGACCCCAAUUCACAUCCUUGCUCUUGGACCGGCGUCACUUGCUCUCCCUCUAAAGACCAUGUUAUCAAGAUAAAUAUAUCAGCUUCAUCGAUAAAAGGGUUUCUUGCGCCUGAGCUGUGUCAAAUAACCUACCUUGAGGAGCUAAUCUUACAUGGGAACCUUCUACUGGGGACAAUACCAAAGGAGAUUGGGAAGUUGAAGAAUCUCAAGAUCUUGGACUUGGGAAACAAUCAUCUCAUGGGUCCUAUCCCUGCUGAGAUUGGGAGUUUGUCCAGCAUUAUGAUCAUAAACCUUCAGUCCAAUGGUUUAACUGGAAAGCUGCCUCCAGAGCUCGGUAACUUGAAGUAUCUUAAAGAACUUCACAUCGACAGGAAUAGGCUUCAAGGAAGUCUUCUUGCCGCUGGACCAUCUGGCUAUCCUUCAAAACUGUUUUCUUCAAAUUCAAGUGCGAAUAAUGCCGGUUUGUGCAAGUCUUCGCUAUUGAAAGUAGCUGACUUUUCAUACAACUUCUUUGUUGGAAACAUUCCCAAAUGUUUGGAGCACCUUCCAAGGGCGAGCUUUCAAGGGAACUGCAUGCAAAACAAGGAUCUUAAGCAUAGACCUUCUUCCCAAUGCGGUAAUGCACAGCUGGUCAAAACUCAUGAAACCCCCAGCUCCCCACCUAAGCACCAGUCAGCUGAUAUCGUGGCUAAGCAUCGUAAAACAUCAAGGCCAAAGUGGCUUCUUGCGCUUGAGAUAGUCACAGGAUCAAUGGUCGGUUUGUUCUGCCUGGUUGCACUUUUCUCAGCAGUUCACCGCUGGAAAAACAGGCCGUCUCUCAUCAUUCCUUGGAAGAAAUCUUCAAGCGUUAAGGAAAAAUUUGCAGUCUACGUUGAUUCUGAAAUGCUGAAGGAUGUCUCGAGAUUCACGAGGCAAGAGCUUGAGGUGGCGUGUGAAGACUUUAGCAACAUCAUUGGUUUGUCUGCUGAUAGUCAGGUCUAUAAAGGAACAAUGAAAGGUGGGCCUGAGAUUGCUGUGAUCUCUCUUUGCGUCAAAGAAGAAGACUGGACCGGGUACCUCGAGCUCUAUUUCCAGAGAGAGGUUGCAGAUUUGGCUAGACUGAACCACGAGAAUGCUGGAAAAUUACUGGGAUACUGCAAAGAGACUUCACCGUUUGCAAGAAUGCUUGUUUUUGAGUAUGCAUCAAACGGAACACUAUACGAGCACCUCCACUAUGGGGAAGCCGCUUUGGUAUCAUGGGCAAGACGGAUGAAAAUUGUCAUAGGCAUCGCACGUGGUCUCAAGUACCUUCAUAUGGAACUGGAUCCUCCAUUCACAAUCUCUGAGCUGAGCUCAAAUGCGAUCUAUCUUACAGAAGACUUUACUCCCAAGCUGGUUGAUUUUGAGUGCUGGAAGACGAUUCUUGCGAGAUCAGAAAAGAAUUUGAGGAAUAUCAAUAGUGAAGGUGCGGUAUGCGUGCUCCCAAACGCAAUGGAGAGUAGAUAUCUCGAUGUAUCUGGUAAUAUCUAUGCGUUUGGUGUUCUUUUGCUGGAGAUUGUGAGUGGAAGACCUCCUUUCUGCAAAGACAGAGGCUUCUUAAUUGAAUGGGCAAAGGAGUAUCUUGAAACACCAGAGGCAAUGGCGAGUUUGGUGGAUCCGGAGCUGAAGCAUUUUAACCAAGAAGAGCUUGAAACGGUGUGUGAGGUGGCGAGGCAAUGUUUGAACAGGGAUCCGAACAACAACAGCAACAAUAACAACAAGCCAUCAGUGCAAGAGCUAUGUGAGACGUUGGAGAGUAGAAUCAGUUUGUCGAUUUCCGCAGAGCUUAGAUCAUCUUCUUUGGCUUGGGCUGAGCUCGCGCUUGACUCGUGAUGUGGGUGAGAGAAGAGUGUUGAAUGAUGAAUGCUAACUGGAAACCGGAACACCCCAACUCUGUAAAUCAGUCGACUCGUUUUAAAGUUUGCUUUUGUUCUCUGAUAUUGAGGAGUGUGUUUGAGUUCUUAUCACGUGUUGCUUUUGUUCUUGAUUAGUUUUGGUGGGUGUGUUAAAGUGUGUUUGUAAAGGAAGAGAGAAACAUAGAGUUUGUAAAAGAUUUUAAAAUUUGGAAAUUCUAUGAGAUGUUAAAGUAUGUUUGUAGUGAAAUUUUUUUUGGAACUA